AUGUCUGCCUGGCCUUAUUUUAUUUAUGGAUCAUCCCAACCCCUCUGUUGUCCACUCAGCUUUGGUUGCUCUUUGAUACUUGGCAGAAUGUCGUGUGAACAGGGGAAAGAUGAAAGGAGAAUUGGGUAUGAUGUUAAACUUGCAAAAUGUCUUGAUGAUAUGUCUCAGAGAAAUCUAUGUGAAGAGGCUUUGUUAAAAAUCAAAGGUGUUAUUAGCUUUACUUUUCAAACGGCUGUUCAAAGAUGUGUGGUACAAAUCUGUUCAGAUUUGAAAACAGACAGAUUGGCAUCAGCAAUAGCAUCAACCAAUGUCAUGAAAGCUCAGCAAGUUGUGAAAAGUGAAAGUGGAGAAGAGAUGCUGGUCCUAUUCCAAGGUGCUCCUGUGGAAGUAGAAGAGAACACAGAGUUGCCUGACUACUUGCCUGAGGAUGAAGGUCUCACAAAGGAGCAGGACAAAGCAGUGUCCUGGGUUGGCUCCCAUCUUGAAGGUGAAGCUAGCUGGCUGAGCAGAGCAGCAAACUUUUUAUCCAGAUCAUUUUACUGGUGA